GUGUACCAGAAAAAACACAGCUUCUGAAAUUGAAUAUACCUGCUACCUUUAUGCUUGUGUCUUUAGACGAAGGACCAGGUCCUCCAAUCAAAUAUCAGUAUGCUGAAUUAGGCAAGUUAUAUUCAGUAGUGUCUCAGCUGAUUCUUUGUUGCAAUGUAUCAUCAACAAUGCAGUCUUCAAUCAAUGGUAAUCCCCCUCUCCCCAAUCCUUUUGGUGACCCCAGUUUAUCACAGCCUAUAAUGCCAAUUCAGCAGAAUGUGGCAGACAUUUUAUUUGUGAGAACAAGUUAUGUGAAGAAAAUUAUUGAAGACUGCAGUAACUCAGAGAAUACCAUCAAAUUACUUCACUUUUGCUCUUGGGAGAAUCCUCAGUUCUCAUCUACUGUCCUCAGCGAAGUUCUUUGGCAGGUUGCAUAUUCAUAUACCUAUGAACUUUGGCCGUAUUUAGAUCUACUUUUCGAAAUUUUACUGAUUGAGGACUCCUGGCAGACUCACAGAAUUCAUAAUGCACUUAAAGGAAUUCCAGAUGACCGAGAUGGGCUGUUCGAUACAAUACAGCGCUCAAAGAAUCACUAUCAAAAACGAGCGUAUCAGUGCAUAAAAUGUAUGGUAACUCUAUUUAGCAGUUGUCCUGUUGCUUACCAAAUCUUACAGGGUAAUGGUGAUCUUAAAAGAAAAUGGACCUGGGCAGUGGAAUGGCUAGGAGAUGAACUUGAAAGACGACCAUAUACUGGCAAUCCUCAGUAUACUUACCACAAUUGGUCUCCUCCAGUACAAAGCAAUGAAACAUCAAAUGGUUAUUUCUUAGAAAGAUCACAUAGUGCUAGGAUGACACUUGCAAAAGCUUGUGAACUCUGUCCAGAAGAGGUAAAAAAAAAAAAAAAAAAAAAAAGCCACUAA